CUCUUUACAAUAGACGAUCUUUGCUUCAUAAAAAGCUCCGAGUGAAAUGGGGUUAUCACAAGACUAGAAAGAAGAAGUUGAGCGUUCAGAAAAGUCUCGUUAAGGCUUUGAGAGAGUUAGACCAAAAAGAGUCAGAUCGUAAGUACUCUGGUGGGAGGCAUAUGGAACAGCAUUACGGUUUAGAGGAGAAACAAUCAUGUAGAGCUUCUCAUUCUAACCAUGUGUGGAAGCCAGGCAGGAUAUCUUUGAAGCUUCCAGGAACCCUAUGGAGUCUCGUUGGUGAAAGCUAAAGGAGAGGAAGGUUACACGAGGUUCAGUGGCUCACUUCCUCAAUGGAGAAAACUACUGCGAUGAAUUAGUUCAUGUUCAUAAUCUUGGAGUGUGGGAUCCAGGUGAAACAGGAUUUGAGAACAAAUAUUGGUUACAACAGGUUCAUCGUUGGGAGAAGGUCCAGAAGAUAAUAAAGCUGCUCUAUGGCCAGGAGAUGGUACAGCGACAACACAGUUACAAGAAUACUCCAUUACUACCUUCAGAGUUUACACAUGAAAGUGCAGAGCACAUCUCGAGCUACAUUGAGUCCAAUUUUCAAGAGCCGGUCACAAGUGUACGGUGCCUUUUCCAGCAUCAAAUCCGUGAGGACUGGGUGCAUGAAGCUUGUUAAAGCCGAAGCGCAGGUGCAAGGUGGAGGAAAUGAGAGUGAGAUAUUGAGGAUGCUCAGCAGGGCUAUUGCUCUCUUUGUAGAGAUUGCUUCUGCCAACUUGAGGACAAGUCGGAUCUCUAACGGGGGAGUAUUGCUUCUACCGGGACGAUCAGUUCUUGCUCAUGAUUUUGCAUUGAGUGAUGAUGGAGAAACAAGAGAUGGGAGUUCCCAACAGCAGGGUCUAUUACAUCUGGGUCACAAUCGCAGCGAGUUUCGUUGGCAGUUAAAUCCUCAAGGUAGUUUAAGCAAGAAUGGUUAUGGAAGUGGUGCGUAUUCGAGCCGUGGGAUGAGUGAUGCUCUCGUGAAUCACACAAGGGAAAGGCCCACCAGGGGAAAGCUCCGAAUUAUGGUGGCUUGGGAAGAACCAUUCACGAUGGAGUCCUCGGGAGAGCAUUCAGCUGCAAUCUUCACCCACAAGCUGUUUCACUUACCGAGACCACCGAGAGCAUUCAGCUGCAAUCUUCACCCACAGUCUUGUAGCCAUAUACUUUUGGAGCUUAUGAGAUUGAUAUCCACAACGUGGGAAGCUGUUUUUAUGGCUUUGAUAAAAACUGAAGGUGGGAGCAAUGGAGAUACUACAAAUGGCUGGAAAUGUUAUAGAAGAUACUCCAUGUAUACAUACAUCUACGACAAUGACGUGAGGUAUAUGAUGAGUCUGGAGCUAUUGAUCAUGCAGGUGGUUUAUAGCCAAGUUAAAGGAGAUCAAGUUGUAGUGACCGCUUUGAGACAAACUCUCCCCUUCACUCAAGAAAGGUUCCAUUUGCCAAAGCCACCGGAGCAGCGGAGCAUAGUGUUUCAGUUUGCUUCGACUCAUGGUGCUAUUACUUGCGCUGGCAGUUCAGAUCACGAGACAGGUGAGGAGAUGACUGAAAUGGCUUUAGCUUUGGUUCAACUUGAGGACAAGUUGGCUCUUCAUCGGGGGAGUAUUGAUAAGAUCAUCUGGGCCUCGUAUGGGCCAAUAUCAGACUUCAGAGUGAAGCCCAGCAGUGAGGAAAAUAUCUUUUACGUUUUAGUAUUUAAGUUAUGCUUUGCCUUGUAAACAAACUAUCGAAUAA